GUUUCAAACAAUGAAGUUCAGUUCUCUUCUCCAAGAUACUGCGGCAAUCGACGUGUUUAUCAAAAUUUUGACAUCAGUGAGCAAAUUGAGUAAGAAAAGAUGCUGCGUCAAAAUAGAAAAGAAUGCUCUCAACUUUAUUUGCUGUUCAGGACUCCAUGAUGGUGGAAGUUGGUUCAGUUUAUCAAUUCCCUAUAGCAGUCAAAUUUUCCGAAAAUUCGAUAUGGUUGGCAUGAAUCCACGAAACGAAGAGCAAAAUUUGAUUUAUUUUGAAUUGGAAAUCGAUAGUUUAGUACGUGUUCUGCCCGGCGGACACUGUUAUCUGAAACUGAAACUAUCGAAAAGUCAAAAAGAUGAGCCAAUGUUGUCUGUCGAAGUUAGAAAUCCAGAAGCCGAUAUUGUUUCUCAUCAAAUUCCAAUCACAAUUAUUCUAUCAAAAUAUUGGAAUUCGUACUCCAGGCCGUCAAUUGGACACAGAAAAAUGUCAAUCAGCAUGCCACCUCCUAAAAUGAUGUCCCGUUUCUUACACGUCUUCAAAAAUAUGAACACUCGAGUUGUGAAGCUCACAGCCAGUACAUCAGGAGAUUUGAGGAUUUCUACGAAAAUUGAAACUGGCGAGAUUGAUGUAAGCUUCUCGGAUCUUCAAACUAAUCCAUCGGAAACCGAUAGUCAAGAGGAUACUGCAAAAGUUCAAUUAAUGAUUCGAAAUAUUUCUCCAUUGUUUCAAAGUUUCGCCAACACUCGGACACGUGCCAAAAUGAAUAUCAUCUCAAAUCGAAUGGCAGAAUUCAAUUUUCACAAUGAGGAUUGCGUUCUUUCGUAUAUUGUUGGAAAUGUUUCGGAUUAGAAAUAAUGUUUUUUGUCGUUGUUUGAAUGCCUAAUUUUCUAGAUCUCAUAAAUUCUGCAAAUAAAUUUUUUAUUUCUU